CAGAAGGGAAGACGGGAAUGAGUCAGAGCGGGCGGAGCGGAGCCCCUGACUAAGCCCAGCGAAGGGGUUGUUUUGAGAGGGCCGGUUUGGCUGCCGCGUUCUGCCUUGUGGGUGAAUCCUUAGGACCCUGCUGUAGCCAUGGGGGCGUACCUGAGUACGUUGGGAAGAGUUGCGUUAUCCCCUGUAUAUUUUGUGUUCAGCUUGAUCAUGAAGCUCUUCUCCAAGCCUCAGCCUGCCAUUACUCUGGAGAAUCCAGAUGUGAAAUAUGCAUUAAGGCUGAUCGACAAAGAGGUCAUCAGUCAUGAUACCAGAAGAUUUCGGUUUGCUCUGCCAACGCCAGAACACAUUCUAGGCCUUCCCAUUGGGCAGCACAUUUACCUCUCCACAAGAAUUGAUGGAAAUCUAGUAAUCAGACCCUACACACCAGUCAGCAGUGAUGAUGACAAAGGUUAUGUGGAUCUUGUUGUAAAGAUAUAUUUCAAAGGUGUUCACCCCAAAUUCCCUGAGGGAGGGAAAAUGUCACAGUACCUUGAAAGCCUUAAGACGGGAGACACCAUAGAUUUCCGUGGACCCAAUGGACUGCUUGUCUACAAGGGGAAAGGCGUAUUUGCUAUUCGUCCUGAUAAGAAAUCAGAACCAGUUCUCAAGCACGUGAAAUAUGUUGGGAUGAUAGCAGGUGGAACAGGAAUUACCCCUAUGCUGCAACUGAUCCGAGCUAUAACGAAGGACAAAGAUGAUCCCACUGUCUGUCACUUGCUCUUUGCUAACCAGACAGAGGAUGAUAUCCUGCUGCGCCCAGAACUGGAGGAAGUCCAGGCUCAGCAUUCAGCCCGCUUUAAAUUGUGGUACACCUUGGAUAGAGCGCCUGAAGGUUGGAAUUACAGCCAAGGAUUUGUGAAUCAAGAUAUGAUUAAAGACCACAUGCCCCCACCACAGGAUGAUGUUCUUAUUCUGAUGUGUGGUCCUCCUCCUAUGAUUCAGUAUGCUUGCAUUCCAAACCUUGAUAAACUGGGCUAUGCCAAGGAGAUGAGGUUUGCCUACUAAAUUGGAUGAGUAACAGGAUGAAGUCAAAUGUGUAUGUGGGUGAAGGAGUGUGGAAGGAAGCGCUUUGGAACAACAGGGAUCAAGACUGAAAGCAGAGAAAGUGGCAGAGCCAUGGAGCUGCAUUCAAAGGGGCAGCCAAAUAGUCUGUAGAAGUUUGGUGUCUCUCUAUUAGCGCCAUGCUGAAAAUUCUGUAGACUGAUAACUGCGUUGUAUAUGGUAUUUUUAGCUUUGCUGUGCUUGUCAAACCAGUAAUAAGGCCACUGGAGUAUGUUUAACUGUUUCAUGAUAGAUCAAAUAAAUUAGAUGGUUUGUUGCAAUGCCAAAGAGUUUCUACAUUGCAGGAUACCUGUCCGUCAAACAGGGUUUGGGAAAGUUUCUUCUUGGACUGCAACUUCCAGAAUCCCCAGGCAGCACUGGGUAGGCUGGCUGAGGAUUCUGAGAGUUGUAGUCCUGAUUUCUCAGUUCUAAGAUAUGAAAUAUUUUUUCCUCUUCUGCCAAAAAGCUUUAGAAUGAGAGGGAUAAAUGCAGUUGUAUUAAACGCACAUUUUCCAUUAAUUAAAAUGACAUUGCUGCUUUUAUUUCAAGAUUCACAGUAAAAUUAAUUAUGGGGAAACUGUUUAUUUGAUUCAGAUUCAUAAACACCAUGUACACGGAGAACGCAAUGAUGAGUUAUCUUCAAUUUUUACAUAAUUUCAUCUAUUCUGUAAUUCUCAUUACAGAAUAGUAUCCUCCACAUUUCUUUCUUCUUUACCGUUCCCAAGGCAGACGUUAGUUACAAGUAUUCCUUCAUCCUUCUUAAUCUGUUUGAUUGAAAAUAGUCCCUGAGGUUGCAAUACUAAACACCAUUAGGAGAAAGGAGGUCCUUAUGGGUAUUUUAAAAUGCAGUUUUUACUUUGGAUAUGUCAGUUUUUCCAGUGAUACAAUCUAGUAAGAUAAAACAGUGAGUUGAAAAUAAUUGAAAAGGAGUAUGUGUUACCUGAACUUCAGUGUAGGGAUAUGUAUUCUUGUCUAAAAUGAUUUUGUACUUAAAAAUAAACUCCCAGUUUCCACAAUAUUAAGGUUCUGUAUCGUCAUCUACAUGAAAACAGACUCGUCAGAAUGCUGUUUCCAAACGUGGUGUAUAAUGCUGUACGAUCUGCAAGAGGUUUUGUGCUUUUUAAAGUAGUCCUUUUAUAUAAAACCACUUUUCUUUUGUGAGGCAAGCUAGUGGGACACUGAAUAUUGUUUACUUAAACAAAACAAGCCAUUUUGUGGCAGGAUUUCCACAAAA